CGGCAUGCGGGAUCCUCCCGGACCGGGGCACAAACCCGCGUCCCCUGCAUCGGCAGGCGGACUCCCAACCACUGCGCCACCAGGGAAGCCCUGGUGCUCUAUUUCUUAUUGCCGAGUCUCUAAGGUCACCUUUAGGUCUAACGUUGUAUGUUCAUCAGUAAGUUUCCUUUUUUGUUUUCUCAUCUGUAAAACCAGGGUUGAACUACUACUUUGGUUCUAAGAUAAUUUGAGAAAAGGGCCCUGUUAACCACCUUGGAUACUGCCAACAGACAAUUCAUGAAAUCUUUUUAGGUGGGUGUUAUCUUUAUGUGCAGUUUCUAAAGCAAUCGAAAGGCAACAGAUAGAAAUAAGAAUGACCCGAAGCUGGCUGCCUUUGUUGUCAGCCAGAAACAGUACCGACUAGGCAUGUGGCCAUAUUUAUUUCUGGCAGUUGCAGAGGAGCUGAAGCCAUUCGCAGCCAUGAUUAGUGCUGGUACGGUAGAUCACGGCCUUGGGCGUCCCCAACUAAUGUCAUGGUUCUUCUUGCUGCUCUUACCCAUCCCAGUUUUAAACCGUUGGUUCCAGGGUUCUUCCAGCCUCUCUCAGUCCCCCGCCCCGAAGCUGGGUAGGUCUAAAGAGAUGAUCGAGAAAGGACCCGGAAGUGGUGAGGACCUUCAAGCACGUGAUGAGGGACCGACAGGUGCUGUCACGUGAUCCGUCGUUCCUGGGUGCGGAAUGUUUAGGUGCUCUUAAAGGUACAGGCUGCAGGGCCCCCUGCUUUGGAGGGGCGGGGGCAGAGUCCGACGGGUGGGGCGUGGUGGGGCGUACGAGGGCGCAAGAUGGAGCCUGGGGUUAGGGCCGUGGCUCGUAGAGGCGCCACUGCAGCGGAGAGGCCGGAGCUGGGACCGGCAGUGGGGCGUUGAUCCCUCUCACCUGUCGUAGACCCUCAUCCGCCUCAUCGGAGCCAACUCUGAAGUCUCGCUGACUUUGGACCCCUCGGGGGACCUGAACUUGAUGCCAUGGGAGGCUGUGCGGGGCGGCGCCUUUCGGAUUCGGAGGGAGAGGAGGCCAAUCCGGCACUUAGGCCCCCGCCGCAGGACCGUCAGGGGACCCAUUGGAAGAACGCGGUGGGCUUCUGGCUCCUGGGCCUCUGCAACAACUUCUCUUACGUGGUGAUGCUCAGCGCUGCCCACGACAUCCUCAGUCACCAGAGAGCACCUGGGAACCAGAGCCAUGUGGACCCAGACCCAACACCCACCUCCCAUAAUAGCUCAUCUCGAUUUGACUGCAAUUCUGUCUCCACAGCUGCGGUGCUCCUGGCAGACAUCCUUCCCACCCUCGUCAUCAAAUUACUGGCUCCUCUCGGCCUUCAUCUGCUGCCCUACAGCCCCCGGGUGCUCACCAGUGGGGUUUGUGCUGCUGGAAGCUUCAUCCUGGUUGCCUUUUCUCAUUCGGUGGGAAUCAGCCUGUGUGGUGUGGUCUUGGCUAGCAUCUCUUCAGGUCUGGGGGAGGUCACCUUCCUCUCACUCACCGCCUUCUACCCCAGGGCUGUGAUCUCCUGGUGGUCCUCAGGUACUGGCGGAGCAGGGCUGCUGGGGGCACUGUCCUACCUGGGCCUCACCCAGGCUGGCCUCUCUCCCCAGCACACCCUGCUGUCCAUGCUGGGUAUACCCGCACUGCUGCUGGCCAGCUAUUUCUUGUUGCUCACGUCUCCUGGGCCCCAGGACCCUGGAGGGGAAGGGGAGGCAGACACGGCAGCCCGGCAACCCCUGAUAAACAGCGAGGCCCCAGAGUGGAAGCCAGGCUCCAGCUCACACCUGUCCCUUCAGGAAAGGUGGACCGUGUUUAAGGGCCUGCUGUGCUACAUCGUCCCCUUGGUGCUGGUUUACUUUGCUGAGUAUUUCAUCAACCAGGGACUUUUUGAACUCCUCUUCUUCCGGAACACGUUCCUGAGUCACGCUCAGCAAUACCGCUGGUACCAGAUGCUGUACCAGGCCGGCGUCUUUGCCUCCCGCUCUUCUCUCCGCUGCUGUCACAUCCGCCACACGUGGGCCCUGGCCUUGCUACAGUGCGUCAACCUGGCCUUCCUGCUGGCGGACGUGUGGCUGAGCUUCCUGCCGAGCAUCUACCUCGUCUUCCUGAUCAUUCUGUAUGAGGGACUUCUGGGGGGCGCGGCCUAUGUGAACACCUUUCACAACAUUGCCCUGGAGACCAGCAGUGAGCACCGGGAGUUUGCCAUGGCAACCACCUGUAUCUCGGACACCUUGGGGAUCUCGCUGUCAGGGCUCCUGGCCCUGCCUCUGCACGACUUCCUCUGCCAGCUCUCCUGACACUCUGACUCCUUGGAACAUAGGACACAGUGACCUGGGCCCACACUGACAGGCGGGCAAGUCAGACCGACCCCAGGCCCACGGCCCAGAGCCCACCCGUGAGCUCUGCCCCCAGCCAUCCCUACACGGCUGGGAUGUAGAAAAGUGCUGAGGUCCUGUUCCCCUUUGAUGGAGGGGCAGCGGUUUUCUUCCACUCCCAAGCUGCUUUCGGGGAAUUUCUUUGCAUUAUGCCUUCAGAAUAAAUGCCUAUUUUAUCAAUUGA